GUUUAGUGCGUUUACAUUGGCAUGCCAAUGUUGCUAAUGUUCUGGCAAUGUGUGAACAAUGUGACAAAUGCACGCGGACCGCUGAAGCUUGCAAGCACGAACUUCAAUGGCAUGUAACGUUAGCAAACGUUAGUUCGACAAAAGCUUAAACAAACGGGCACCUGACGACGUUUUUGUUGUUUGUACAGAUGUGGAGCAGGAUAUCGAGUCCUCUUGGGGUUGGCAGAACUAGUUUCUAUUGGAGGAGUCUUUUCACUAUGCAGCUGAAGACCAGUGAGUUCCAGUCUCUGUUCACUGACGGACUGAGUGGACUAGCAGAGUUGUUUGGAAAGCAGCAGCAUGAGCUGAGGAUAGCUGGAGGGGCCGUACGAGACCUGCUGUCUGGGAAGCGGCCUGAGGAUGUGGACUUUGCCACCACAGCCACUCCAGAGGAGAUGAAGCAAAUGUUCCAAACAGCUGGCAUCCGGAUGAUCAACAAUAAAGGAGAAAAGCAUGGGACCAUUACAGCAAGACUACACAAUGAGAACUUUGAGGUGACCACGUUGCGAGUGGAUGUUCAGACAGAUGGACGUCAUGCAGAGGUGGAAUUCACCACUGACUGGCAGAAGGAUGCUGAACGGAGAGACCUCACCAUCAAUUCCAUGUUUUUAGGGCUUGAUGGCACAUUAUAUGACUAUUUCAAAGGAUACGAAGACCUGCAAAACCGAAAAGUUCGGUUUGUUGGCAGUGCUGAAAAAAGAAUCCAAGAGGACUACUUGAGGAUACUGCGUUAUUUCAGGUUCUACGGCAGGGUGGCCCUGGCGCCAGAUGAUCAUGAGCCUGCAACCCUGGUUGCUAUUAAGGAAAACGGUCGUGGACUUGCAGCCAUAUCAGGAGAACGGAUUUGUGUGGAACUAAAGAAGAUGGUCGUUGGUAACCAUGCUGCUCAUCUGCUGGAGCUGAUGUACAGUCUGGAACUGGCCCAGUACAUAGGUUUACCUCCAGAUGGCAAUGUUGAGGAGAUGAAACGAGUAUGGCAGAACGCCAAAGACCACUCUCCCAAACCUAUGACCAUCCUGGCUGCUCUCUUCCGCCGCCCUGAGGAGGUGGAAAAGAUGGACCUCCGGCUGAAGGUGUCCAGGGAGGAGAAGACUUUGGCUCUGUUCUUGGUCAAAUACAGACGGGAGCUCCGCAAAAGCGAAGACAACCCGAACAGCCUCAAACCCUUCACUGACUUUAUCAUCGACAGUCGGGAGCUGGAUUCCCAGAGUAAAGUUUGUGAGCUAUUAAAGUAUCAAGGUGAGGAGAAACUGCUGGCGGAGCUCAGCAGGUGGUCCAUCCCUCGCUUCCCCGUCAGUGGUCACGAUCUGAGGAGGAUGGGUGUCACGUCGGGCAAGGAAAUAGGUGCCACCUUACAGGAGCUCCGUGACAUCUGGAAGAAAAGUCGCUAUCAGAUGGACAAAGAUGAACUCCUCAGUUACGUAAAGUCAUAAAUGAGGAGAAAAGGGGAUUUUUUCUUUUGUGUCGGACAAUAAUUAUCUGGACACUUACUACUGUAAUUGUGUUGCUCACAGGUAUUGAUCGAGCAGACUGCUGCUGUUGUUGAGAAAGGACAUUACAAGAACUGAAACAUGCAUGGCCGCUGAUGAAUGCAGUUCCAUGUAAAAUUAGCCCAAGACCAGGGUUAAAGUGGGAUCUGGCAGGUGGCGUUCCCCAAAGAACUAAUGUUACACUUUAGAAGCUUAUUACUGCUUUUACAGUCUCUAUCCACUACUUGGCAUUUAAAGAAAACCCCCUUUUAAAACUGUUUCACUUGUUACGUUAUUUCCUUAUUCCAAAACCGAUGUGAUAAACAAAAAAUCAGGAGCAAUUGCCAAGAGUUGAGUUUUCAUUAAAACAACAU